ACCAGGCUUUCAACCUUUUUGUCGUGUUGUUGUCCAGCUCAAAUUGAGGCAGGCAGAUAGCGAGAGAGCUAAGGGAGCAAAGCCGCUUAGGACCCCGGAGCAAAGCUCGAGCUGCAAAACUGACGCUUCCUCGGUUCGCAGCGGACCUUCUGGAACCUUCCACCCUAGCCGAUGGGGGCGAUGGUGGCACGGCAAAUGUACUGAAAAGGGGAGGAGGAAGAAAGAAGAUGGCGGGAGUGUUGCCGAAGCAGCGGGAUGCAGGUUGGUUAUGGCGGUAUCGAUAUAUUUGAACUCCCUGACUGAAGAUGAUUUUCCUAAAAGAAGAACUUAACACGCAUGAACAAGUGAACCUGGGUACAUAACCAAUAAGAUCAUGUACUUUAUUUAUGCAUAUUUCACUCCAGAAUAAUUUCACUGCUGAAAACAAUGGCGUCCUUUCAUCUGUGGAAGUUAUCGUCACAAAAGCUAGGGUUUUUUUUGGUAACGUUUGGAUUCAUAUGGGGAAUGAUGUUACUGCACUUUACCAUCCAACAACGGACACAACAUGAAAGCAGUACUAUGCUUCGGGAGCAGAUUCUGGACCUCAGUAAACGAUACAUCAAGGCAUUAGCAGAAGAAAACCAAAAUGUCGCUGAUGGGCCAUACGUUGGCACGAUGACUGCAUAUGAUUUGAAGAAGACGUUGGCUGUUCUCCUUGAUAAUAUUUUACAACGCCUUGGAAAGUUGGAGUCCAAAGUAGACAACAUGAUGAUCUUAAAUGGGACAGGGAUAAAUUCUACUAAUGCGACUAUGACUGUGAGCCCUAGCUCUGUCACUGUUGAGAAAGUUAAUGUGGCAGAUCUAAUCAAUGGAGCCCAGGAACAGUGUGAAUUGCCUCCUAUGGAUGGCUUCCCUCACUGUGAGAGCAAAUUGAAGUGGAUGAAGACGAUGUGGCGGUCGGAUCCUUGCUAUGCCAGCUAUGGCGUGGAUGGGUCCAUAUGCUCAUUUUUUAUUUACCUCAGCGAGGUUGAAAAUUGGUGUCCUCCUCUGCCAUGGAGAGCAAAAAGUCCUCGGGAAGAAACAGACCAACAGAACUUGGCUGAAAUUCGAACAGACUUCAAUUACCUCUUUAAAAUGAUGUCUGUACAUGAUGAAUUUCGAUGGAUGCGAUUAAGAAUAAAUCGAAUGGCAAGUGCUUGGAUAGAGGCUGUAAAAUCACUUGCUGAAAAACAAAAUUUAGAAAUCAAACGUAAAAAGAUUCUCAUCCAUCUUGGCCUCUUGACAAAGGAAUCGGGAUUUAAGAUUGCAGAGAAUGCCUUCAGUGGUGGCCCUCUUGGUGAAUUAGUUCAGUGGAGUGAUUUGAUUACAACCCUUUACCUGCUGGGCCAUGACAUUAGGAUUUCAGCCUCACUGGCUGAACUAAAAGAAAUAAUGAAGAAAGUGAUGGGUAACCGGUCAGGUUGCCCGACUCGUGGUGAUAAGAUUGUAGAACUAAUCUAUAUUGAUAUUGUUGGUUUGACACAAUUUAAGAAGACACUCGGCCCAUCUUGGGUUCAUUAUCAAUGUAUGCUUAGAGUGUUGGAUUCAUUUGGUACGGAACCAGAAUUUAACAGUGCUCAAUAUGCUCAGUCUAAGGGCCAUAAGACACCAUGGGGUAAAUGGAACCUGAACCCACAACAGUUCUACACCAUGUUCCCUCAUACACCUGACAACAGCUUCCUGGGAUUUGUGGUUGAACAACACCUCAAUGCCAGUGAUAUUAGUCAUCUUGAUGAUAUCAAAAGGCAAAAUCAGUCACUUGUAUAUGGCAAAGUGGAUCACUUUUGGAAGGAUAAAAGGUCUUACUUGGAUAUAAUCCAUAGCUACACAGAGGUCCAUGGCACUGUUCAUGGAACUAGCACACUCCACAUUCCUAGCUAUGUGAAAAACCAUGGGAUAUUGAGUGGACGUGAUCUACAACUUCUCUUAAGGGAAACAAAGUUGUUUGUCGGCCUUGGCUUUCCAUAUGAAGGACCAGCACCUCUGGAAGCUAUUGCUAACGGUUGUGCUUUCUUGAAUCCACUAUUUAAUCCACCGAAAAGUAGUAAGAACACAGAGUUUUUCAAAGGCAAGCCAACACUUAGAGAGUUGACUUCACAGCAUCCCUAUGCAGAAGUGUUUAUUGGAAAACCUCAUGUCUGGACUGUUAACAUUGAUGACCCAGCAGAAGUGGAGCAUGCAGUGAAGGCUAUACUUAAUCAGAAGAUUGAGCCAUAUUUGCCCUACGAGUUCAACUGUGAAGGAAUGUUGCAGAGAGUCAGUGCUUUUAUUGAAAAUCAGGAUUUCUGCCAUGGUCAGGUGAUGUGGCCUCCACUGAGCAUCCUUCAAGUUAAAGUUGCGGCUCCCAGGCAGUCAUGUAAGCAGGUCUGUCAAGAAAAUAAACUCAUAUGUGAACCUUCCUUCUUUCAACAUCUGAACAAAGACAGUGAUUUGCAGAAGUAUGGAAUUGAAUGCUUGUCAUUUGAAUCUGUGAAUGAUAUUGUUGUUCCGGCUUAUGACGAAAACAAGAAACGUUGCUUUUUCCAGAGUGAUUUGCUGCUGUUCAGUUGUGCAGGUUCAAAUGGAAACCAUAAAAGGAUCUGCCCAUGCAGAGACUAUAUGAAAGGACAAGUUGCCCUGUGCCAAGAAUGUGUAUAGCAGUUGCUUAUCAAAUUCCAAAGUAGAUUGUGCUUAAAGGUAGGGGAUAGUAAGUCUUCAUAAAAAGAAAGCAUUUGGUUAAUUGUUUCUGAAGGCAUCCCUCAAAAAAAUGAAGGAAAAUGUUUUUUUAUUUAAAACUACAACAUUCAUUUGAAGAGUAUAUAUAUUGAUGGAUCUGCCGAGCAUCUUAAUAUGGAAACUUUGACAAAUUAUUCGACUUUCUUAUACAGUUUAUGUAUAGAAGAAAACUGAUUUUGAGAAGAGUUGGUAUACAGAUAUGACUUACAGGUGAACUACUAAAUAUUCUAAAUUCAGAAAAUCAUGUUACAAAUGCAAAAUGAAAAUUGAGUUCAGAAAAAAUAAAUAUAAAAACCAAAAGAACUGCAGAUGCUGUAAAUCACAAUCAAAAACAGAAGUUACUGGAAAAGCUCAGCAGGUCUGACAGCAUCUUUGAAGAGAAAUCAGUUAAUAUUUUGGGUCCUCAGAACAGUUCUCGCCCAAAAAGUUUAACUUUGAUUGUUCAUCACCAGUGCUGCCAGAGCUGCUGAGCUUUUCCAGCAACAGUAAAUAACGUUGGAUAAUUGAAUUUGCUGCUGAUUUUAAUUUUAGUUCAGCAAAAAUCCAAAAAUGAUUUUCUUUUUGAAAGUGUCUUACUUCCAGGUUAAUGAAGAUCCAUUACGAUAUUCCAGUGUGACCGUACAACAGAUCAAAAUAUCCUGAUAGCUGUUCUUUUUCAGGCGUGGUUUCUUUACCAACCUCACUAAUGGUGUCAGUUAUUUAGAGUUAUAUGCUGAUGUUGCUGGCAGUAAUAAGUGCUUGAAAUACAUAAUACCAGUUUUAAUUCAUGGCUUGAGUUUUGAUUUGAAUGGUUGAAUUAAAAUAACAUUGAAUUAUUAUGAAAUAAAUCGGAAGAGUUCCCAGAAUUUAUUUGUAACUAAAUCUUUUUGGCUUUUAUUAAGACAUCAUUAGGAUGCUGGCAGUGUUAUGAAGUAACUGUCCUUUAACCAGUGUCAAUUGAUUCUAAUUAGACUUACUUCAGACCAUCAGUAAAUUAGUUUAAUGGACAUUCUAAGUAGCAGCUUCCAGUUUGGAAAAAUAAUUGCUAUUGUACUUUGUAUAGAAACAUUCUGAUGUAAACUUAUUUUUAAAACCUUGCUUGUAUAAUCAUAUCAUGUUUACUAUACAGUGAAGUGGAAUUUCAUAUUUUUGCACUUUCCUUUCAGGCUCAGGAUUGUUUUACAUUUUAGGCAGAACUUUUUUUAAGCCACACAGUAAAUAAGCUACAAUAUAAUUUCAAUUAAAUAUUCAUGUCACUAAAUUGUUUAGAAAACCAGUAAAAUCACAUUAAUUUCUCUCAAUUAUUUAAUUGAAAGAAAAUAUUUCAUGAGGUGAUUAAAUAGCAUUUAACAUCAUCAAUGUGGCAGAAAUAAAUGAAUUUCUAAUUUCCAACGUAUUCCAAAACUGUCUUCAGGUUUGAAUUAGAAUGACCGAUACUGUUCACAUAUUUCCAGAGCAGUCAGGGAUGGGUGGUAAACGUCGGCCUAUCCUGGCUCCCAUGAAUGAAUAAAAAUAAUGAGAUAUCAGUAUGAUAGAUUGUUAAUCACAAUGGUGCUGCUGAUGACUGAUUUUAAAACUCUUAGAACAGUUGAUACACAAUUUAUGUACGCUCAUUUCAUGCUCAAAUUUCGAUUAAGUUGUUGAUAACACGGAUUGUCGUAUCAUUGAUUUCCAUUAUGUGAAUGAGGUGUGUCAAUCAGUGAUUGAGGAAUAUGUUUUUGCAGCAAAGGAUAUUGUUUCAAAAAAAAAUCAAUGUUUAAAAAGUGUGGCUUUUGGAAAUGAGAAGUAGCGACAUAGUUAAGCUACAGCAGCUAAACUUCAUUGACGAGAUAUAUCCAAACCGGUUUGCACAUUUGUAAAUAAAAAAAAAACAUAAUUUACUUUUUUAGAUGCUUUGUAACUUGCUUUGCUUUUGUGUUGAGCUUGUAAAUAUUAAACAUUUACUGUAGCUAAGAUGCAAUGUAAUGUAAAUUAUGUGCCUUUUUAAGGGUAAUAAAGUUGCUUUAUCAACUUGUAUAAUUUAUAUAUAUAUACUUCAUAACAGUCAAAAUUUCAGCCAAAUGCAUAAAGUUGUGAAGAAAGUGGUUUUCCUGUAUAUUUGCAAAAGUAGCUUAUAUCGAAAUAAUGAGGUGUGCUUUGAAAGCUGCUAAGAAAUCGUUUCCACAGUUUUGACGAGCAGGAAAAAUCUUUAUUUUUAAUAAAUCUUAAGUGAAGAGAA